CGUGUUUGCGUAGGACGAGAUGUUGUUUUGUCAAGCGGAUCAGCUGAAUGUGGCACCGCCGUCCGGUUUCGACAACGCGUUGGGAAGCCCCCCUCACCGCCACGGCUCUCUGCCACCGAGCGACGCGGCCGCCGAGACCUGCGCUCAUCCGAGGCGACACAUUCCAGGAAGUGCGGUGCGGACCUCUGGCCCUUCUCGCCGCGGGGGAUAAACUGGCCGUGGCUCUCCUGAUCUAAGCGAGCUGAUCCAGGAUACACACACGAGACAUGAAGAGAGGAUCUAGAGAGAGCUGUUAAAAUGGCUGAGGCUGUACUGGAGCAAAGCCGCACAGAUCUGAGAGAUGGCCCAUAUUUACCUGUAUCCUUGCAGCUUCAGGGCAUCCUUUCAUGAUGCCUUAUUUGGUCCUCUUGAAUAACUUUUGUCCCACACCAAUAAGGUCCUAUUUUGUGAUUCUCAACUCAGUCUAUCGAUGUUCCCUUGCCCCUGACCUUCCUGCUGCCAUGUGGCGAGCUCCAUGAGGCUCCCAAAGCCCUUCCUUGUGCGUCGGUAAGGCCUCCUCCCCACUCUAUGGAGGCUGAGUCCAGCCGUCCGGCCGAUGGGGAGCGCUCCGUAAGGCAAGAGCAGCAGCCUCUGUCUACUGAGCCCCCACCGGGGUCCCGUCCAACACAGCAGCCCCAGCAGCCUCCCAACCCUCGUCCCAUACACAGAGCACUGGGCCGUCUCCAAAACCGCCAGCCCAGACGCGGUGACCUGCUGCUCCGGCUACAGCAGCAGCAGGCAAUAGCAUGGCAGCAUCCAGACACACCAGGUCCUUCAGGAGGCAGCUUUCUUUCACCAACCCCUUCCUCCUCCUCCUCGCCCCUUCCUUCCACAUCCUCUACUCAUGGUGAGCAUGGUCCAGGGGUCACAUCCCAGCCUAGCCAGGAAGGCCCAGAUGGAGGCGGCCCAUCCAGACGAGGGGAGAAGAAACCCCAAAAACCCGGAAAGUACGGCUGCACUUAUUGUGGCCGUCUAUGUGCCAAGCCGAGCGUCCUACAGAAACAUAUCCGGUCCCACACAGGAGAGAGACCCUACCCUUGUGUCCCCUGUGGCUUCUCCUUCAAGACCAAGAGUAACCUGUACAAACACCGCAAAUCCCACGCCCACCGCAUCAAAGCGGGCCUGGUGUCCAGCCGUGAUGAGCCCAGUCUGAGUGGACCUGAGGGUGGGAUGCCAGGAGAGGACCCUGAGGAGCCCACAGAGGGGGAGAGCACAGACUCUGAAGAGGAGACAGGCCAGCACAGACAGUCCUCCUCUAAGGAUAUUUUGGGCCAGCAGAGAGUAGGUAAAGAGGUGUCAGGAAGCCUAGAAGAAGCCCAGAGGCCUGAGGACUCCCAGGCUGUCAAACAGAGGUUGGCGCUGAGACUGAGUGAGAGGAAACGUGGCCCGAGGGUCUCUCCGGAUGACCCUCCCUCCUCCUCCUCCCUCUCCACCUCAUCUUCCUCACUGGGCCCUGGCAGUAAAGGGAGCACCGAGUCUGGCUACUUCUCCGGAUCAGGCAGCACUGAGCUUUCCCAGGUGAGCCCUCCCAGUGCCAGUGCCAAAACAUACGCAGAAAUCAUCCUGGGUAAAUAUGGGAGACUGGGAGGCCAGCAGCGCAGUCCACAUCAGCAGCAGCCCCAUUCUUCCUCUUUCCCCUCAUCCUCAGCCCCAGAAGAGAAAAGCAUCACAUUUAAUGUACCUAAAACCCAAGUCAUAGAACAUAUUACUAAGCUAAUCACCAUCAAUGAGGCGGUGGUAGACACCAGCGAGAUAGACAGCGUCAAGCCCCGACGCACCUCUCUGUCCAGGAAGAGCAGUUUGGAGUCGCCCAAAUUCAGCACCUCGAAAGACCCUUAUGCAUUUGACCCCAAAGCGGAGGCUCCAGGCCCCAGUGGUUUGGGUCAACUCCACACCCCAGAAGUAGAUCCAGCAGGUGCCCAGGAGCUGUGCUCAGUGCCUCUGCUUCGAAGCCAAUCGAUGCCCUCAUCUGUCAGUCAGGGAGACCUCUCAUCCUCUGCCGCCAUGUCUCCCAGAGGCUACCGUUUGAGCCACUCCUUUGAUGAGCAGCAGGCGUUAGUAGCAGAGAUGAGGGUGGGCCAUGCCCAGCGUAUGUUGAGGCGCCAGCCUGCCAUAGAAGUUCCCCUGGGAUCUGAGCAAAUCCUGGAGGAGGCAGACCCGACCUCCUCUUCAGUCAGAGGGAAUGACCCAGCCUGGCAGCCGCAACAGCACCAAAAGGGCCCCUGCCUUUACGAGUGUGAGACAUGCGGGGCCCGCUGUCAACACAGAGAGAGCUACGAGGCCCACAAAGAAAUCUGUCCAGGACAACAAACAGUGAGAUCAGAGAGCGGGGAAGCAGGCGGGACAUGCAGGGAGGACCGCCCGCAGAUGAUGCACUACAAGUUUCGAGCACUGGCCAUGGCCGUGAGGAAGAGAAGGAAAGAGGAGAGUCUGGAAGAGGACCCUCCCAGCCCGGGGCCUGCAGCCAUACUUAGCAGCGCUGCAGUCCCCACUCCAUUGCCAAGCAGACCAGAGCACAGUCAGGGCCUCUCAGGUGUCCCUCCCCAGACUGAGCCAAAACAACAACAACAGCAGCAGCAGGACAGGAAGGGUGUGUCUGUCAUCCAGCACACCAGUUCUUUUGAAAAGCAGGAGAGCACAUCCAUGGAGAGUCAUGAACCGGACCUCAGAGAGGGUCAGCCAAUACAGCAGCCAGAGCCAAAACCCUCGCCCUCUACAUCCCGCCUCAUCCGCCAGCCCAACAUCCAAGUGCCAGAGAUCUUAGUAACCGUGGAGCCUGAUGCUGAUAUGCCAUCUGUGUCACCCCCUGCAACAGCAUCCUCAUCCAAGGACAGAGAGAGAGUGGAGGAGUUCCAGUGGCCUCAGCGCAGCCAGACUCUGGCCCAGCUCCCUGCAGAGAAGUUGCCGCCAAAGAAGAAGAGACUCCGUUUGGCAGAAGUUGCCCAGUCCUCUGGGGAGUCCAGCUUUGAGUCUGCAUCCCUGCCUCGCAGCCCCAGUCAGGAGAGCAACGUCUCCCAUCCAUUAAGUCUCUCUGCUUCCGCCGACAACAAGGGGAGGUCUGAGCCCAUUGUCUGGGCCUCCACCAGCCAGGGACCCCAAAUGCUGAUGGUGCCUUCCACCUCCCACCAAUACCACCAAGCUCACAAGGAGAUGAGACGCUCUGCCUCAGAGCAGGCCCCAGCCAGCUCACAGCACAUGGAGCAGAUCCCAGAGACCAGAAGCAAGUCAUUUGACUACGGAUCUCUCUCCUCUCAGCAGUCUACAUCUGCCUGGAAAGAAAGGAGGAAGUGCCUGCUAGUGAAGCAUGCCACACUAGGUGAACCUGAGCAAGAGGAAGGGGCUGCAAUGGUUCAGGUACCUAAAUCAGAUAGCCCAAAGCCAGGUCCAUCUCACUUGAGUCAUCCUGCUCCCUACUUGACUGAGGCCAGCUCCCAGCUCAGCUCUGAAGCCAUAGGAAAAACCCUGCAGCUCUUCCAACCACAGAUCCUCCCUCUCUCUCAUAGUGUGCUCCCACUGCAUCCCAGAGAUCAGGAAAUGUUUCGCCCAGGGUCACUAACCCAGCUUCUCCCCAUCACCACAGCCAUCUCUGAAGUCUUCUCCACCCAAAUCAUCCACAGGGCUUUUAUACAUACGCAAACAACACCUUCCCCUAUACAGGUGCAUCCAGCACAGGUCCACAUGGCUGAGCGUUUGGGUGUGCCUCUCCACCAGCUUCCUGCUUUAUUCCCUGUCCAACUCUCUUCCCAGCCGAGAUCUGGACAGUCGGUUUAUCUUCCAAUGCCGCCCACACUUACCAUACAGGUCCCUUCUCCUGCCAUCAGAGAUGCCGGACCCUCCACCUCUUCCAUGUCACCUACCCUUACUCACCAGUCCCUUGUUCCACUCCCUUACCACCGCCCUGGUCCGGUCAUCGCCACAUGCCUGGCUCAGCUAACACCUGUAGUGUCCCUGGUGGUGCCAGUGCGCCUCCAAACCCACAUUCCCACCUACACCAGUGCCAUGUACACCACCCUGUCUCAGAUCCUGGCAUCUGCCCGCUCACAGGAGCCCAUUUGUUGCACUGCUAUGGUUGUCAUGGGCCAGCUUGAGAGGGACAAGCUACAAAGGUCUUACUUAAAGGUCCCCGUCCCAGACUUCAAGAGGUUUUUGCCCCUGUCUCUACCUGUGGAGCUGGCCUCGGGGUCAGGGUCUGAGGAGAGCUGUGGCCCACUGGGAGCUGGAGGGAGCAAACGCAUGCUCUCCCCUGCUGCCAGUCUGGAGCUCAGUACAGAGGCUCAGCGGCAUCAAAAAAGGGUAAAAGAGGAAGAGGAGGGACAGAAAGGGGAGGAAGAGAGGGAGGGAGAAGACAGGGGGGGAAAGGAGGGAGGAAGCAAGAACACUGGAACAAAACUGGAGGAAGGGGAGAAGAAAGAGCCAACGACGAUGGAGGGAGCGAGUGUGAAAUCGGAGGGGAAUGAGGAGCAGGUACCAAGGAAACAACACAGGGAGGACAAAGAGAGGGAGAAGGCGACAAAGGAGGAAAAACCUAAAAAGGAGGAUACCCCAGUCGUGGAAGAGCGUACUCCUCAUCGACGAAGCCCAGAAAGACCCAGCACCCCCCCAUACCCCAGCCUUGACACCACCACCUCAGUCAACUGGUGCUACCUGAACUAUGUGAAGCCCAACCCAUCUGCCCAGAGGGAUCCCCAGAACUCAGUCUAUUCCACGUGGAGCGUCAGUGCUCACAACCCGAACCUCCCGGGGCUCAGCACCAAGGUGGCCUUGUCCUUGCUGUGCUCCAAACAGAAACACAGCUCAGAGACUUACACCAUGGCCACAGCCCCGACUCCAGGCAAAAACAAACCGGCACCUUCCAAUAGUAGGACACUACAUGUCUCAGAGGUACACGCUACCCCACCCAGCACCCCUGUCGAAGUGAAGGACCCACGACAUCAUGAAAAGGAGGAGAAGAAGAGGGGGAAGAGAGAGGAGGAAGGACCCUCCACCUCCCAACAGAGCGAGCCCUCUCGUGUGCGAAUCUUUGAAGGAGGGUUCAAGUCCAAUGAGGAGUAUGUGUACGUGAGAGGUCGUGGGAGGGGGAAAUAUGUGUGUGGAGAGUGUGGCAUCCGCUGUAAGAAACCUAGCAUGUUGAGGAAGCACAUCCGUACGCAUACCGAUCUCCGUCCGUAUGUCUGCAAACACUGCAACUUUGCCUUCAAAACCAAAGGGAACCUUACUAAACACAUGAAAUCAAAGGCUCAUGGGAAAAAGUGCCAGGCAAUGGGAGUAUCUGAGUCAUCACUGGACGAUCCGGAGAGCGAAGAAGCAGGAGGCCAGGAGGAGCGAGUGUAUGGUUCAGAGGAGCAGGAGGAACAUCAGUUCUCCGAUGUGGAGGAGUCCGAGGAGGAUGAUGACAAUGAGGAUGAUGAGGAGGAAGAGGAGUCCUCCUCCCACGAUGACCCGCCGUCUUCCUGCUCCUCCGACACCCGUCCAUCAACAGGGGGGCGUUCGAGCUGCAGCCGGCGAUCACACCAGGGCACUCCUGACCCUGAGCCUUCAGGCCCUAGUCCUAGCCCUAGCCAAGAGCCCUCCCCCAGGAGGCUUUUGCCCAGCAAACGCUCCGCCUCGCCAGGCAGCAGGAGGGCGCUAUUCUCACGGCGAGGCUGGAACGCCUCGCCCAGAGGCUUCUCCCCAAGCAGUGAGAGCUGCUCCCCGAGCCGCAGUCUCUCCCCGAGGCUGGAGCUGUCCUCCCCGAUCCGAACUCUCUCCCCCCGAACAGACCUGUCCUCACCCAGCCGACACUUCUCCCCGUCACCUGAGAGAGGCCUGUCCCCGAUCAAAGCUGUCUCUCCUCUUCGUCCUGUCUUCCAUAGCUGCUACCAGGCAUCACACGCUCGGACCACACCUUCACCUCUGGGGGUACUGCACCGACUCCCUGGAUACCUACCCUGGGAGAGCCCUGGCACAAAGAAUGUUAAACUGGAGAAAAGCGAUACGCCAAGUGAAGGGCCAAUGUCACCAGAGGCCAAUCUGUUUCCUCCUUCCUUCCGUCUUCCCUCCAGCGAGGGUUAUCCCAGCCACCAGGCAGCAGACCACAUCUUCAGCCAUCUUCCCUUGCACUCCCAGCGGGCCAAGGUCCCCUACCUGAUGAUCCCCAUCGGAGGGAUACAGAUGGUCCAGGCCAGACCUCUGUCCCAUCCCACUACCACCCCAUCCUCCCCAACGUCUCCCCCCACUGAGAGGCCAUCGCUGGCCAGAUUUGAAUCACCCUGGGGCGGGACCCCCAGAACUCAAGGGCUUAGGACUCCUGGCGACCGCUGGUUAGAGAACCAGGAAGCAGGAACCAGCCAGUUGGGCCUGUGCAUCCCCGCUACAACGCUAACUUGUUCCAAACCAGAGUCAGAGACCACGGACUCAAAGCAAUAUGGCAGCUUGCAUAGCUCCCCCAAUCCCCACAGGUCUGUUCCUGAGACCAGAGAACGUUGUGUGAGAGACAGUCGUUUGAGACAAGGAGCCCCCUUAGCAUUGCACGCAAUUGGACAGCUUUCAGAGGAGGAGGGGCCUCCAGUUGAAGGAGGAGCUAAGGGAGACACAGCCAGAACAGACCAGAGCACUUACUAGUCUCUACACCUUGAUGCGCCAUGCAUCCCACCUUUUGCUUUAUUGGUUGCUACAACUGUCUUGUUUUUUUGGUUGUUUUUUUAUUGAGUUGUUUUUAUACAGUUUUCAAUACUAUUGUUAACUUAAAUAUUUGUUCUUUGGCAAUAUUCAGGUUUGUUAUAAAAUGCACUUUUUUCUUUGUGAAAAUAAUGUUUCUGUAAAAAAAAAAGUAUAUAUACAUAUAUAUGUAUGUAUAAUGUAUAAAUAUAUAUAUACAUAUAUAUGUAUAUAUACACACAUAUAUAUGUAGGUAUGUAUAUGUAUAUAAGUAUAUGUACAUAUAUAUAUGAAUAUAUAUAUCCCUCCUGUAUCUCUAUUGAUACCGCAAUCUUAAUAUUUGUUUAAAUAUAUGUAAAAGGACUAUGAAUAAAUUUGUAAAUGACCAAAACCUUUGAUCAAAAACAAUUCCAUUUUUGUUCGUCCUUUUGUCCAGUAUUACUCAAACUGUAGUUACUUGUGCCUUUUCUGUCCAGGUUUGUUGUUUUGAGAUGUACAGUACAGGCAGACAAAGAGAAGGCUGUGAAAUUUUAUAUCCUCAUUUUGUGUUGUUUGGGUGGGAGGUUGGGGGAUAUUUGGUGUUCUGAUUGUUUUUACUCCAAAGGCCAUUGCUUUAAUACCAGGGUUAACCGGGAGUUGCAUUGAGGAGGUACUGAAGGAGCAGCAGAGAAUUUGUCAAAGAAAAUGCACUGAAGAUUUAUUUUUUAUUACAAAGAAAUUUUAGAUUAGAAAGUGUCUCUGUACAGAGAAGAGUGCUCCUUAUUUAUUGUUACUUGACGUCGAUCAUUUGUUUCAAGGUUGUUUUUUUUAUUAUUGGUAAAAGGAAGACCAUGCCAUUGUUACUCACUUAUAUUUCUGUCUUUUUCACAAAAAUUGUUGUGACUUGAAAUGGUGACAUAGAUUGAGAGCGGGAGGUUCACUGGUAUAGGAGGUUCAAGUGCCCUGCAGAUUUCACACACACACACAGCAAAAUUUCUGGUCAAUGAACAAAUAAAAAGU